AUGACAUCUCUAGACUCAACCAGGAAUUAUCUGGGACACAGCAUUGCAACUAUACACGCUCAUAUCUCGAACCGAACAUUGUCCAAUUCAGUAGCCUAUCUUGUUCCGGUGCUAGACUCUCUCCCUCCCGAUUUCACUUUUCUCGAUGUCGGAUGCGGCCCGGCCAGCAUCACCAUCGAUAUCGCCAGGCGGUACCCCUCGGCUGUCAUACUCGCCAUCGACGGCAGCUCGAGUGUUAUCGCCCACGCCCAAGACUCUGCCCGAGAAGCCAAAGUUGACAACAUUCACUUUGCUGUGGGUGAUGCCCUGGACCUAACCUCCACGGCCAGUGAGCCCGGCUUCGAGCUCGUCGAUGGCGGAUGCGAUAUUGCGCAUACGCACAACGUCCUGAUGCAUACGACGGACGCGCCUCGGGCCUUGAGGGAGCUGCGCUCUGCGGUCAAGGUUGGCGGCUUUGUGUGCUGUAAGGAGGCAGACAGAAACUGCCUCACGUUGUGGCCGGAGAGCUUGCCAAUCCGACGGAUCUACGACGUGAUCAGCCGGAUCAUGCAGGCCAAGGGGGGCGAUCCGUUCGUUGGCAGGAAGCUGAAGACGUACGCGAUAGCAGCGGGCUUUGAGCACGACGACAUCCGAGUGGGACAGACGCCCUGGGUCAUAUCGUCACGGAACGAGCGCGAACAGUGGGGGGGGUUGGUCGCUCGCACCAGCGCCGAUACCCAUGCCCGAGUCCAGGUCGAGGAGGAGGCCAGGGGAAUCGGACAGGACAUAAACAUGGCAGAGCUACAGGAGGGCUGGAGACGAUGGAUAGAAGAUGACAGGUCCUGUGCUUCCAUAAGUGACUUCUAUGUGGUUUGUAAGAGACGAUAG